AUGACACCCUGGAAAACCGAACGAUGCAGUAUCGCCGACGCCCCCGCCUUAGCCGACAAUAACAUGUCAGCCUUCUGGGAAGACCCAACAUGGAUCCUUCUAUGGCCCAAGGAAAUCACACUGGACUAUCUAAUCUCCCAAUGCGCAAAGCGGUACCCCAGGAGCCUGCUGAACUCCCGCAAAAACACCCGCCACCUGAAGGCCGUCGAUCCCCUCACCGGCGAGUUAGUCGGAUACGCGCGGUGGAUUUUACCGGACACGCACGUUGUUGCAGAAGAUGGGACUCCGCAGUGGGGGGAGGCGCAGAUUCCGGACGUGAGCGACGAGGAGAAAACACGAUUCCAGGCAUUGGCGGAGUCGGCGUGGUGGGGUGGGAGAAGUGAUAUGGAUUCGAUCGAUGAUUUGAAUGAUGAGGUUAUGCGUCGUAUACUGGUGCAGAGGCCGUAUAUGAAGCUUGACUAUUUGGCGGUUCAUCCUAAGAAUAAAGGGAAAGGAAUUGCGACGGUGCUUGUUGCUGCCGGUGUUAGGGCGGCGGAAUCAAUCGGCUUGCCGACUGUUACCAUGUCGUAUAAGGCUGGUCGUGGGGUGUAUGCGCGUUUAGGGUUUGAGGAGGUGGAUCGAGUCAUUCAGGAUGACUCGCAAUAUGGAGGUGCUGGUGAAUAUGGAGCGUACUUUAUGAUACGGGAGAUUGGGAAUUGA